CUUUCACAGUUGCUGGCAAUGCUGUUGAUGGAGAAACUGACUUUGGAUUUGCCAAUGGUUCCCAAAUGGAAGGAAAAUAAUGCUGUUAUCCACUAUGAGACUCUUGAAAAUAGGAGGUUGUUCAGGGUAAAUUUAGAAACAGGAAAUGAAGUAACAACAAUUACAGGUAGUAUGUUAGGUGAUCGUUUCCCAGGAGGAGAUGGUGAAAUUACUGUAUCUUCAACAGCGAUGUGGGAGAAACAGCCGCUCACUUUGAAUUUCAAGCAGGAACUUACAGAGCACGGCUACGAAGGUGAUUACCACUUAGAGUGGCCUCACCGCAACAACAAAUCAGAGCCCUGGGGUCGAAGUCCGGUUGUAGCUUCCCUUAAACAUACAUUUUUACAAGCUGGUCAUCGUGGGACAUUAAAGAUAACAGCUGCAUUCACACAAAACGAGCCUGUUCAGAUUGAUUAUGGCUUUUAA